CCGGGAGAGGAGUGGAUGGAGGGAGGGAGGAGGGUGGCCCAUUCACAUUCACUCAUUGUUACAAGCUCGAGGAGCAGAGAAGACCCCCGCACGUGAAUCACACUCGAUUGAAAGGUUCCAGAUAUUCCUUCCAAUGUGUUCCGUAAUCUACACAAACAAGGUGUAGGCUAAGUGCAAACCCCCCAGGCUCCAAAGCUGGGCCGUACAGUCAGGUGAUGGAAGUUCUCUGAUGCGUCAGACUCCGGGCCUUCUCCACAGGGUGAUGGAUACAACCAGCCUCCAGCAUGGCCACCCUGGACUGCACCCUCUCUCACACACAGUCUCUCAGUGAGCUGAAGAGGACCACUCCACCGCCCCACCAGCACCCUCCCCCCUCGACCAACACCCUCGUGAGUGAGGCUGCUCCUUAGAGGACCCGAUAUUUCCCUCACCCGACACGGUCCUCAGACCCUCCACCUCCAAGGGACCAUGGGCCUGUGGUGGAUGCUGUCUGUGUCCAUGCUGACCGCUUGUGUAGCCAUCCCCAUGGAUGCAGCAGCUGGCAGCCACAGCAUGUUCACCUGUGAGCCCAUCACCCUGCGCAUGUGCCAGGGCCUGGCCUACAACGCCACCUUCAUGCCCAACGUCCUCAACCACUACGACCAGCAGACAGCUGCGCUCGCCAUGGAGCCCUUCCACCCCAUGGUGAACCUGCAGUGUUCUCCGGAGCUCAGGAUGUUCCUGUGUUCCCUGUACGCGCCCGUGUGCACCGAGUACGGACGCACCACGCUGCCCUGCCGCCGCCUCUGCCUCCGCGCCCGCCGCGACUGCUACCAGCUCAUGGACAUGUUCGGAGUGGCCUGGCCGGAGGAGAUGGACUGCAGCAGGUUCCCAGACUGUGACGAGCCGUACCCCCGGUCCGUGGACCUGCUCUCCAUCGCCGACGGCACCGUGGACUCCACGGUCUCCGUCCAGCGGGACUACGGCUUCUGGUGCCCCCGGGAGCUGAAGAUGGAGCCCGACCUGGGCUACUCCUUCCUGGGCGUGCGCGACUGCUCGCCCCCCUGCCCCAACAUGUACUUCCAGAGGGAGGAGCUGGCAUUUGCUCGCUACUUCAUAGGCGUGGUCUCCAUCGUGUGUCUCUCGGCAACCCUCUUCACCUUCCUCACCUUCCUCAUUGAUGUGUCGCGGUUCCGCUACCCGGAGCGGCCCAUCAUCUUCUACGCCGUCUGCUACAUGAUGGUGUCCCUGGUCUUCUUCCUGGGCUUCCUGUUGGAGGAUCGCGUUUCCUGUAACGCGGCGAUCCCCGGAAGAUUCCGGGCGUCUACUGUGACCCAGGGGUCCCACAACAAGGCAUGCACGCUGCUCUUCAUGGUGCUCUACUUCUUCACCAUGGCGGGCAGCGUGUGGUGGGUCAUCCUCACCAUCACCUGGUUCCUGGCCGCCGUGCCCAAGUGGGGCAGCGAGGCCAUCGAGAAGAAGGCCCUCCUGUUCCACGCCUGCGCCUGGGGCCUGCCGGGCGCGCUCACCGUCACGCUGCUCGCCAUGAACAAGAUCGAGGGAGACGGCAUCAGCGGCGUGUGCUUCGUGGGGCUGUACGACCUCACGGCGCUGCGCUGGUUCCUGCUGGCACCGCUGGGCCUGGACGUGCUGGUGGGCGUGUCUCUGCUGCUGGCGGGCAUCGCGGCGCUGAACCGCGUGCGUAUGGAGAUCCCCCUGGAGAAGGAGAACCAGGAGAAGCUGGUCAAGUUCAUGAUCCGCAUCGCCGUGUUCUCCGUCCUCUACCUGGUGCCCCUGCUGACCGUGCUGGCCUGCUACAUGUACGAGCACAACUACCGGCCCGUCUGGGAGACCACCUGGGUCCAGGAGCGUUGCCGGGACUACCACAUCCCCUGCCCCUUCCAGGUGGAGAGGACCAGCCGCCCUGACCUGGCCCUUUUCCUGAUCAAGUACCUGAUGCUGCUGGUUGUGGGCAUCCCCUCCGUCUUCUGGGUGGGCAGCAAGAAGACGUGCUUCGAGUGGGCCAGCUUCUUCCACGGCAAGCGACGCAAAGAUGGGAUGGUGAACGAGAGUAGGCAGGUGCUCCAGGAGCCAGACUUCGCCCAGCUGCUCCUGCGGGACCCCGGAGCCCCCGUGGUUAGGAAGUCGCGGGGCACCUCCACCCAGGGCACGUCCACCCACGCCUCCUCCACCCACCUGGCCAUGCUGGACGAACCCCCCAGCGGCAGCACCAGCCGGGCCAGCUCGCUCCGCAGCAAGACCAGCAGCUUCCAUGGCAGCCUGCAUCGCUCCAGAGACGGCAGGUACACUGCCUGCAGUUUCCGUGGCGGCGAAGAUCGCCAGCCCUAUGGCAGCAUGCCCCGCCUCCAUGACCAGCCGCAGUCCCGCCACUGCAGCACCAAUCGCCUUGACAGCCUAUCACGGCAAGGCUCCACCUUGCGCCUGGAGACCCAAUCACGGCACAGCAGCACCAGGGACCUUAGCAACAUCACCCAGCCCAUGCAGGGCACCCCCGGCAACGGCAUCCACAGGGUCCUAGAGGAGGAUGGGUCGACAGCCUGAGACUGAGUCAGUAUUGGUGAUGAGGGACUGCGGGAGUCAGAGGUCUCCUGAGCAGGAAACAGGAAGUAAAGAACGAUGACGGAUGAAAAUGUCAUUUAAUCAUGAAUACUGAGUAAGAACCUGUACUCCUGGACAAAGAACACUUUUCAGUUCUCUGUUUUGAAGUCAGCAUCGAGGACUCUUUUAUAAACUUUGAAUUAAGUCUGUUGGGCUGAUAUCUCAAGUGUCUGUGGCUGAUGCUUUGGAGAGCCUGUCCUCAGGCCAGAACUCAGGGGGGUCGACCAGGGUCCAAUAGAAGUCACUCCACCAUGAUAGCAGACUGCUAAGCACAUAUUUACAAACACUUCAUACACCCGGUUUAGUUUCCCUUUACCAGAGCUGGUGGUGUGUCCCAAACCAUCACUGCACCUUGUUGAGGUACUUACUACACGUUUUCAUUGCACUUGGAAUGGAGGCAGUUGGCAAAAGUGGACAUGAUGGUGAGGAGGAAGUAGAAACAAUGUGUCAGUCUCUGGUGUGGUUUGGGGUGUGGUUUGUCAGCCAUCUUUUUGAAGGAUGAAUUACAGGGAGAGAGCUAAAUUCCCAAACUCCAGCCUUAUGUGGCCUUUGCAGACAGAGUCCAAAUAAUUUGUGCGGAAAAAGUCAAUUAUCAAAUUCGAAGCUAGCUUUCUCCUGCACACCAUGUCCAUCACUGAGGUGCUUUAACAAUGCUUAAAAUUUUAGAACCUUUUAGAUUUUUCCAAAAACAGUAAGAAAACUGUGGUAAAAUUCAAUGAUUUUAGGUCCAUCACGCAGUAGGGGUGGGAACAUAUAUAUCACUUAACUGAUAUUAGUUAAAUUAAUUAUCAAUUUGUUUGAGCAAGAUUUGAACCAGGGGUACCGUGUUUGGCAGUAGAUUCGAUGGUACACAUGCUUACCCACUGAGCCACAGAGGGUUCCUGCGAAGUGACUUUCUACAAGACAGUGUAAUUGCGCUUAUGACAUUUUGAUUCAAUAUAUGCUUACAUUAUUCAGUAUUGAAAUUUUUUCCAGAAUAUUUGCAUAUGCAUUUUGAAUUGGACUGUGUCUGCAGAGGCCUUUAGAGUGAACAUGAAUAGAUGGUGUCCUUUGUCCUUCCAAUUAGAUUAGAAUAAAUAGUAGUGUCCUACUUUUACAAAGUGUAUACUUCCAUGUAUAGAUAUAACCUUAGCCCUGAGGUCUUCUAGUGGCAUCAUAUGUGCAUAGAUGUAAAUUGUUUUGUUUGUUUUUGCGGUACACAUUUGUGAAAUUUGUAAUAAACUUGUACUGAGAAAACACA